GCAUAAUCCGGCGUUUAGAAGUCUGCGGGAAAUUAGCCGCGGGAUCCGGAGCAGGAGAAAUUAGCCGGAGCAGAGUCAAACGACACUUUGAAACUUGAUUCUGGUUUGCACCCUAAAAUAUUUUCUCUUGUAAGGGCAUAUCCGUCACAGGAACCCCUCUUGAAGUCAAAGUUGUUCCCCAGCUUUCUUCUUUUAACUACCCCACCAGCUUCACUAAAACGGAAAACCAUUGUUCUUUCCUUGUGUACACUCCCUCCCUCCUCUCCAUUGUCUUCCUCUUCAUGCCUUACCCCUCGAAACCAAACCAAAGGCUAAGUCUUUGAAGAAGCUAUGAGAACACAAAGUGAAGCCCUUCUCCUUAUCCCUUCCAUUCUUCUGUUCCUCCUCCCGAGUUCCAUCCUCUCUUCAAUACCUCCAUUCUCCUGUGACACGUCGAAUCCUUCUACCAAAGACUACUUAUUUUGUAAGGCGACAUUGCCAAUAGAGCAAAGGGUCGAUGAUCUCAUCUCCCGCCUUUCUCUUGUGGAAAAGAUCUCUCAGCUUGGCGAUAGAGCUCCUCCCAUUCCCCGCCUUGGUUUACCGGGCUACAAGUGGUGGUCGGAAGCGCUUCACGGCGUCUCUGAUGCAGGGAGAGGCAUCCACUACAAUGGCUCCAUUUCGGCUGGGACGAGCUUCCCUCAAGUCAUUCUCACUGCAGCUUCAUUCAACCCCUUGCUUUGGUACCGAAUUGGUGAGGCUAUUGGAACCGAGGCUCGAGCACUGUACAAUGCUGGGCAGGCUGAAGGGCUCACAUUUUGGGCACCGAACAUAAAUAUUUUCAGAGAUCCGAGAUGGGGCAGAGGCCAAGAAACUCCAGGAGAGGAUCCAUUAAUGGCGAGCAGAUAUGCAAUCUCCUAUGUCAGAGGAGUGCAGGGUGAUUCCUACCAAGGAGAUGGUGGAGCAGGGCUCAAGGCUUCAGCUUGCUGCAAGCACUUCACUGCUUAUGACAUCGAUCGUUGGAAUGGAGUUCUUCGAUACUCAUUCAAUGCAAAGGUUUCUGUUCAGGAUCUGGAAGAUACCUAUCAGCCUCCUUUCAAGAGCUGUGUCGAGCAAGGUCGUGCCACUGGAAUCAUGUGCUCAUAUAAUCAAGUUAAUGGCGUUCCAACCUGUGCCGAUUCCAAUCUCUUAACAAAAACGGCAAGAGGAUUGUGGGGUUUUUAUGGUUACAUCACUUCGGAUUGCGAUGCGGUCUCAGUCAUUUACACGAAUCAGAAAUAUACCAGGACUCCAGAAGAUGCAGUAGCUAUCACGCUCAAAGCUGGAAUGGAUGUGAAUUGUGGAGAAUAUGUGCAGAAAUACGCCUACUCCGCUAUUAAACAAGGUAAAUUAUCAGAAAAUGACAUCAACAGAGCGCUUCGCAACCUUUUUGCCGUAAGAAUGAGACUUGGGCUCUUCAAUGGAAGCCCCAAGCACGGACUCUAUGGCGACAUAGCUUCAGAACAGGUCUGCUCAAGUGCUCAUCAGUACCUGGCUCUUGAAGCAGCCCGAGAUGGCAUUGUUCUUCUGAAAAACUUAGAACAAUUCCUUCCUCUCUCCAAAUCAAAGGUUUCUUCACUUGGUGUGAUAGGUCCAAAUGCAAACCGUGCUUCAAUGCUGCUAGGAAACUAUUACGGACCGCCCUGCAAAUCGAACACUCCUCUUCAAGUGCUGCAGAACUAUGUGAAGAACACAAGAUUUGUAGCUGGCUGUGAUACUGUUAUAUGUAACACUAGCCAUAUUGAUGAAGCAGUAAAGCUGGCUAGCUCGGUGGACUAUGUGAUAUUGUUCAUGGGAUUGGAUCAGACUGUGGAAAGAGAGGAUUUUGAUAGGGAGGAUUUGGCGCUUCCUGGGAUGCAGCAAAGUCUUAUUACAAGUGUGGCAAGAGUUGCAAAGAGGCCAGUGAUCUUGGUUUUGCUUUGCGGCGGUCCUGUCGAUGUUUCGUUUGUAAAAGACGAUGAGAAAAUUGGGAGUGUUCUGUGGGGUGGAUAUCCUGGAGAAGCUGGUGGAUUGGCAAUUGCUGAGGUCAUCUUCGGCGAACAUAAUCCAGGAGGAAGGCUACCGCUCACUUGGUAUCCACAAGAUUUCAUCAGAGUUCCCAUGACUGACAUGAGGAUGAGAGCAGACCCAGCUUCAGGGUACCCAGGAAGAACCUACCGCUUCUACUGA